UGAUUGAUAUGUGCUAUUUUAUAAGAGAAGAAUAUCUAUGUUUGGGAAUAUAUUAUCUCUAAAUCAUGAACUAAAAUUAGAGCAUUGAAUCGUAUUUUGCUGUAUUUUUCUGUCAUGCAUACUACGUGGCAUGUUACGUAACAAUCGAUGUGUGUAUAUGUGUAACGGGUACCUAUCGAUUCAAGAUGGUAGCACUCUUUCCUUUUUGUCUUGGAAUUGCUAAAUUAGAAGAAUAUAUUUAUGUAGAUGUUUUUCUUUAACACUCGAUGAAUUAUUUACCUGGUGUAUAUAAAUAGACGAAAAGUAGAAUUUAUCAAUGUAUUAGUACUUUUGCCAGUUCGGUUAUAUACUUUAAAAUUUAAAUUGAUACGUGAUCAAUCUAUACUAUACAAUCAUAUAUAUUUAGGAUUGGUGUAUCGUUUAUUUAUUUAGGAGUUCGAAUGGAACUAUGUUCAUUUGUUGGUGGAACUAGCUGGAUUGUGAGGAAAGAUUUCUGGGUAUUGUACGAAGAAUUUGUGUUGGUAGACCUAUUGAAUGAGAAUGGAAAUGGAAAAGAAUAAUAGAAGUUCCGUCACCGAAGAAGAAUUUUUGAGAUUGGCCCAGCUCAUUCCACCGAGGUACUAUUCAGAUUUAGGGAUACAUUUGGGAAUCUCAUCUGCUGAACUUGAUCAUAUCAUUGUCCAACAUUCAUCGAAUUACAAGGAUGCAUUGAUGACAAUGUUCACACGGUGGAGAGAUGAACAACAUCCAGAUGAAGACAUCAGAGCUCUUCUUGCAGAAGGAUUAGAAAAGAGUGACUUAGGGGGAUUGUCCAAAGAACUUCUAGCUGGGAAUCUAAUCCAGAAAACAACAGGUGUCAGACAAACAACUGCAACAACUUCAAGAGCAUCAACUUCAACAGGAGCAGCAGACAUGUCAGCAUUACCACAUACCGUCAGUGAGGAAGAACUUUUGAUGUUGUCAAUGGAAAUUGGACCUACUUACUACAAGAGAGUGGGUGUUAACCUGAAUAUCUCCAUUGUAACCCUUGAUAACAUCAAGGAGCGUAGCCGAGAUAACUGCGAUGCAUUGAUGACAGUAUUCACAAGAUGGAGGGAUAAACAGCUUCCAGACACAAACAUCAGGGCUCAUCUUGCAGCGGCUUUACAAAAGAGUGGUCUAGUUUUGCUGUCUUGGAAACUGAUUACUGGGAAUCUGUUAAAAGAGCCGACAGUUGAGGGUACACCUGUGACAAUUCCAGUAUCAGAGACCAAACCACUUACCCCUGACCUGAUUAAGAGAUGUAAAGAUGAGCUCCAAGACAAGUACAGGACUGAUUUCUGUAUGAUAAGAGCUGAUCCACUAGAUCCUGAUUCUAUUGUGCCAUUCAAAGAUAUGUACACAAGCCUUUUCUUGGAAGAAGAAAAACGAAAGAAAAGGAGUAAACUUGAGUAUAAGGAUCUCUUUAAUCUCAAAGUCAAUGGCAUCUUCCCCAAACGGAUUAUGGUCCAAGGAGAGGCAGGGGCUGGAAAGACCACAUUCUUGGCUAAGAUUGCAUGGGACUGGAUAAACGAUAGUCCAGAUCUGUCAAAGUUUGUGUGGGUACUCAUUAUCCCUCUGCGUGAAGCCAAGCGAUACAAGAUUGGUCAGAUUGUUAAGUCAUAUCUCUCAAAGGACAACCCAGCAACAGCCUGUCAGAUCACCGAGUACAUCCGUUCAAAUCCAGAAAAGGUAUUCAUUGCCUGUGAUGGAUUAGAUGAGUUUAGUGGCAAGGUUGUACAGCACUCUGAAACCAAGCAAGGUUCAGAAGGUGCUCAGUCAGAGUUCAAAGUUGGAUCAGAAACAAGUCCAGCAAGUAUAUCUAUGCACACAAGAACUAACACUGAACUAAAUGUACGUUCUUUGGAGAGAGGUGAUAUCACAGUUGAAGAUAUUCUUCGCUCAGAUGAACUUCGUACUUGCCCUGUGAUGGUGACAAGCCGUCCAUGGAAGGCCAAUGAAAUAAGAGGGAGCAGUAGUUUAAGAAAUCGAUACACAUUCAUCCAUGUGGAAGGCUUUAGCAGGGAGAAUGCAAUGGUUUACAUUCGCAAUUACUUCAAAGACACUGAGGCUACAGCAGAUGAAUUCAUCCAAUUGUUUGAAAGCAAUGAUAUCAUAUCAGAGAAUAUGGCACCAUAUCCUAUCUACAUUUCUAUGCUCUGUCACAUGUGGAGAGAACUUGAUGACAACAAGAAAGAAGAGUUGAAGGCUUUUCAAACAUUCUCUGAAAUAUUCUGUGAAGUGUUUGAAUUCCUAAAGGUGCGUUAUGUCCAGAAAGAGAUCCAAGAUCUAAGGAGUCCAUCAUUUAAUACCCAUCGCUCUAAAAUUGAAAAACUCAUGGAACCAGUUGCCAAAUUGGCAUUUACUGGACUGCUAUCGAACAACCUUAUUUUCAAUGAAGAAGAUCUUGAACAGUACUCAGACUCUGUGAAAACAGCAUGCAAAGUAGGGGUGUUGUCACAGGAGAAUAAGCUCUCAUCCAUUCAUGAUAAGAGCAGACCGUUCCUGCAGUCAACAUUCUAUUUUCCUCAUAAACUAUUCCAGGAGUACAUGGCUGCAGUCUAUCUUGCUUCUCUCUAUGAUUCAGAUCACAAUGAAUUUAAGAGGCUGAUUGAGGAAGUAGUGAUCCCUAGGAAGGAAGAGUUUAGGUAUCUCCUGUACUUCACUGUGUCUCAGAACAAAAACAUUGCCAAGUAUACCACAAAAUGUCUGUUACAACAGUACACCCAAAGCCAAGUAAAGACGGAGAUGAAUUUCUUGGUUGAUGUAGCUUUUGAGAGUCAGGAUGAAGAUACCAACGCCAUGCUCAAGAAUUCAGUAUCAUCUCUGUCCAUCAGUGUUAGAGACACACACACUAUAGCUGGUUAUGCAUCCACUGGGAUAUAUUCAAAGGCGAUCAAUAUGAGUGUUGGUGAUUUAUUUAGACCUCCUAGCUAUGGACCAGGUAUAUCAAAUGAGGUUGCAUUGAUGAUAUGCUCAGCACCAUCACUAAGGGAUGUUGAACUGAAGGCAAGCUUUCACCCUACCUUCUAUGAAACUCUUGCCAGAGAAGGAAGGAAAGCCACAGUCCAUACUCUUGAGAUUGUGAAUUAUAAGCCUCUAUCAUCAGCCUCUUCACAGCACAUAGCAGAAGCGUUAUGCUCCCUACCUAACCUGACUAACCUGACACUGAGUGGAUUUUGUGACCAGGAGGAGUUCUGUUCUCAUCUGAAUGAGAAGGCUUCAACCUUGAAGGUCCAUACUCUUGAGAUUGUGAAUGAUAAGCCUCUAUCAUCAGCCUCUUCACAUCACCUAGUAGGAGCUUUAUGCUCCCUACCUAACCUGACUAACCUGACACUGAGAGGAGUUUGUGACCAGGAGGAGUUCUGUUCUCAUCUGAAUGAGAAGGCUUCAACCUUGAAGGUCCAUACUCUUGAGAUUGGGAAUAUUAAGCCUCUAUCAUCAGCCUCUUCACAUCACCUAGCAGGAGCUUUAUGCUCUCUACCUAACCUGACUAACCUGAUACUGAGAAGAGUUUGUGACCAGGAGGAGUUCUAUUCUCAUCUGAAUGAGAAGGCUUCAACCUUGAAGGGUUCUUUCCCUCAGAUCAGCAAAGGAAAUUUCAUAUUCAAUGAAAAGCCUCAGAAGGAUCUUCAAUCAUUCCUACAAGCAGUCAGUGACGAGUUACGGCAAAUGGAACUUCGUCGGGCAAGAUCUUUUAAGAUGAGAGCUCUUCGGUUGGACCCUCUUUCUGAACAUGAGUACUCUGCUGCUGGCGCCUCUUCCUCAGACAAAUAUUUUGAUGAAUGACAUUUCUCUGCCAUGGACUGUGUCAUGUAGAUGCAUUUUUCACUAUCGAUUAUACCUGUGCGCGCAUUGAUGUAAAAAGCAUUAUGAUGUCAUUGCUGUCUGCACAAUACGCUGCCGUAGUAACCAGUGAUGCCAAAUGAAAGCCUUGGAAUUUUUAACUAAAUAUACCACCUUGGACUUGAUUAUUUAGUUGGUGACAUAGUGCCAAGUAAUUCAUACAAACAUAUAACAGAGUAUCCCAACCAUCUAGAUGGUAUAACCAGUUUUAUUCUACUCUAAUGAAUAGAACCAUCUUAUUGGUCUACAUGACAGUCACUAGAUCCUACAAUGGUGUGUACAUGUACAUAUAACAGAGUAUCCCAACCAUCUAGAUGGUAUAACCAGUUUUAUUCUACUCUAAUGAAUAGAACCAUCUUAUUGGUCUACAUGACAGUCACUAGAUCCUACAAUGGUGUGUACAUAUAACAGAGUAU